UUGAGGUGGGGGACCUGGGCCGGUGUCCUAGAGGGAAGGUUCCCAGGGUGGCUCACGGAAGGAAAAGUGCCUGGCCUCGCGUGUAGGGGUGCGGUACGGGACGCAGACCCCGCUGCUUUCUCGGCACCCAUGGCGGUGGCGAUGCCCCCRAGUCGGGUGGGGGUCUCGGGCUGGAGCUGGCGGCCGGUGGCUCGAGACGCGCUUCUGGCUCGGGCCUUCCAUUCGUGCACCGAACUGCGGGGACGGUUCUAUCUGGUGGGGGGUCUUCUAACAGGUGGAGCGAGAAAGCCCAGCAGUGAUACGGUGGUCUUCGACCCAACUGAGGGCCAGGCUGUGCGGCUGGAAGCCAGGGACAGCCCCCUGCUCAGUCACCACGACGCGGCAAACGUGGGCGGGCGUUGGCUCUGCGUGGUGGGCGGCUGGGACGGGUCGCGACGCCAGGACACAGUGAAGGUGCUGGACACAGAGCAUGGAGUGUGGGAAGCGUGGACUGCGACCCCUGACAACUGCCCUCCUGCUGGCCUCAGUAGUCACACCUGCACUCGCCUUUCCGAUCGGGAGCUGAGGGUGGCUGGCCGAGAGGGUGGUACCCGCACUCAGCGACGAUAUGGAAGCAUCUACACCUUAACUCUGGACCCGAGUGCCCGCACCUAUUGCUACAAAGAAGACUACCACACAGCUUCCCGCUCAGGUCACUGUGCUGCCCUGCUCCAAACUCCUGGGCCCCACCCUGGUCAUCAGUUAUUGCUCUUUGGGGGUUGCAACUCCGCUGAACCAGAAAUAGCUGGGCAAUGGAGUCAAGGGAAGAUUAAGGAGGAACCUCCUAUUGCCCCUCGUUUGAUGGAACAGCUUGCAAGGCUUGUGAGCAAGGGGCAGGGGUCCCGGCAAGGACCCCGGGGACUGCGUCAUCACUCAUGUUCUGUGGUGGGGCCUUUUGCUGUGCUGUUUGGUGGAGAAAGUCUGACCAGAGCUAGAGACACCAUCUGCAACGACCUCUACAUCUAUGAUACCCGCAAAUCUCCUUCUCUGUGGUUCCACUUCCCCUGUGCAGACCGUGGGCUGAAACGUGUGGGCCAUCGAACCUGUCUUUGGAAUGAUCAGCUUUACCUGGUUGGGGGUUUUGGUGAGGAUGGCAGGACAGCUAAUCCACAGGUUUGCAUCCUGGACCUCUUUAUUUAAAAAAUAGUGUCAAACACACUGCCAAGACUCUGUUUGGUUGCAAACCCAUAAAGCAUUAUCACCACUGCUAUCUGCCUCAUUUCAAGUGCUUAUUAAAUUUCAAUUGAGAAUC